AGAUUGGCUCAUCAAUGCACAAAAUACCACAUGAACUAUUUCUGAUAAAAUUACUUUUUAAAACUUGCCAUUGGGAAUUGAUAUAUAAUAUUGAAAAGAUUUCACUUUGGUAUUGAAAAACUGUGCCUAAAAUUACAAUAUUGCACAGUUGUGUCCAAACUAGCCGAUGGGACUGAAUAUAUGAUGUUAAAAAGAUUUUGAUUUGGUAUGGAAAAACUGUACAUAAAAAUUGCUAUAUUGCGCAGUUAUUAAAAGUAGAUGAACAUGCAAGAUUCAUUUAUAUGCCGAAACUACUGCAUCUGUCAAUAUCAAUAUUUCUGGUGUACGUCACAUCAUAUUGCACACCUGAUAAGUCCGUAAUGGUAUUUAUUAUGCAACAUGUGUCUAGAUUUAGGGAUCUAUAUUUUGUAUCUGUAUAUUUACUUGUGUAUUACAUCUGCCCAAAUAUUUGAUCAUAAUUAGCGUAUCAGUAUGCAAUUCAUGUAAAAUGCAUUCACUCUAAUAGUUGGGGGUAUAUUUGAAUAGGACUACCUUUUAUAGUUUGUAAGAUAAGCACAGGUAUAAAAUGUCUUGGCCAAUCGAAAACUAAACGUUGAGAAAGUACCGAAUAUUGGAUCAGGUUAUACGAGACAGUCGAGACAGUCGUUCUGACCUGACUAUUUAACUGUUAUUUAUCACAGAAUAGUGUCGAAUGUUGAAUGAAUGAACGGAUUUAACCAAAAUAUUUUGACAACAGUAAAGGGUGUCGUUUUAUCAAGGUGUUAUAUUGUUGUGACAUGAAUAAUACACGGCUGUAUUUUCUUGCAGUCUGUGUUGUAACUUUGCACAUUUUGAAUAGAAAGUGAAUUAUCUGCGAAAAGAUGUGUACUUAAGGAGUUUAUUCAGAUAGCAAUACUUUGAGAAAUUCUAUGGUCUGGAGCCAAGAUCUGCUUUAAGAGGCUAAUGGUACUAGAUGCAAAGUGUUCACCUACAAAGUGUUCUCUAGAAAUUCACUGAUCACUUUUCUUGGAGUGUCUACAUGCAACUUGAUGUUGGUUUGAAAUCUUGUUUUAACUUUUAAGAGAGCGAUUGGCAGAUUAGUUUAGAUGUAAUAAAAACAGACUAAAUCUAAAUAAUUCACAAGAGCAUUCAGGUGUGUUCAAGGGCUUAUUAUACAAUUGAUUGUCUGGAUUAGUGUGCAUUUCAUGUGCAAAUUUUAAAAGGCUGCUGGCACUGGAUGUGAAGUGUUCCAGAAUAUCUACAUGAGAAACUUAUGCAGCUUGUUUCUCCAUUUAAGAUAGCAUUAAGGAAUUAAUGGUACACAGAAGAAGAAAAUACAAGAUUGGAGAUUAAAAUGAUUGGCAGCCAUUUUGACUUGACAGAUUAUUAGGACAAAUUAAAUAAGAUGAAGGAUGGUUAAACUCAAGGGAUGUAAUUCAGUAUGUCUUGUGGUGAUAUUCCUGAGUUGCUGUAUGACUGGUGGAGUUGCCUGCCCUGACAUAUGCACAUGCGCUGAGCGAUUGUACAUCUACUGCGACCAUGGCAACAUGACAGAUGAAGAUCUAGUACCCGUGUUGGAGAAUAUUCCCACUGAGACGAUGUAUAUUGACUUAAGCUACAACAGUUUGACAUUUAUACCGGAAAAUGCAUUUCAAAAAUUUUCAGCCUUGAUUUAUGUGGACCUUAGCCACAAUGAGAUUAGAAACAUAUCGGAAAAUGUUUUCAGACAUUUGAAAAAUCUUCAAAAGAUUUUUCUCCACCAUAAUGCGCUAACGCGAUUGAAAAAUCGAACGUUUACGGAAAUGCCUCUUUUAAAAGAAGUUCAUGUAUAUAAUAACAACAUCAGUGCAAUAGAGUUGUGUGCAUUUAUAAACACACCAAAACUUGAAAAAUUUCUCAUGCAGCAUAAUCAAAUGAAAAGUUUUUCAAACAGAACAUUUAAAAGCUUAGAGACUCUAAGCUAUUUAGAUUUAUCAGAAAAUGGCAUGCAAACAAUUAACAAAUAUGCCUUCUCAAAACUAGUCAGUUUACGGACAUUAAUUUUGAGUCGAAAUAAUAUCUCGAAGCUAUAUUUGCAUUCAUUUUCCGGCCUCACUUCACUUCAGACAUUAGAUUUAAAUGAAAAUCACAUAGAAGACUUAGAUGGUUUCAUUUUUAAUCCGUUUAGAGAUACGAUUAGAACUAUUUUGUUGAAACGUAACAAAUUAAAAUUGAUUCGGAGUGAUUUGUUCUAUAGUAUGAGGUCACUGGCUAAGCUAGACUUGAGUUUCAAUGAGAUUAGUGCGUUAGGAAGUCGAAUGUUUCUAGGAGUUGGUUUAGAGGAACUUUGUCUUCGUGGCAACGACUUGACAGAAAUUACUGCUGAAAUUUUCGUAGGUGCGACGAAAAUUAAUGUGCUAGACGUUAGUCAUAACAAAUUGACAGACAUCCAUAUUGGUGCAUUUAACAGUUUUUCUGAGAAUAUUUAUGAGAUCAGUAUGGAACGAAAUUUCUUAACAAGACUUCUAGCAGGAGUGUUCAAGGGGAUGAGAUUUUUACAGUCUGCAAAAAUGGCAAACAAUUCCAUCAGUUAUAUAGAAGAUGGGACAUUCAGAGAUUUAGUGAAUUUAAAGAAGUUAGAUUUAUCUUGGAACAAAUUGUCUAUGGUAACUCUGAAAAUGUUGGAAGGUUUGGCAUCAGUAAAGUCCCUUGACCUUCAUUACAACCCAUUAGUCAGGUUCGAGUUUCCGGAGUUUUCAAAAGCGCAGGGUACAAUUGAAAUAAACAUGAAUUUAACUGUCAGUGAUGUGUCACAUGACACUGCCGAUAUCAAAUGGCCGUACACAGCCGGGUCUCAGAUCUACUGGUCAAGGGAAGUGAUGUGCAUUGAAGUGGAACAGUGCACAUUUAGGCCACAACCAGAGUUCUUAGCACCAUACGAGACGGAACUUGUGCUUAAGAAUCUCCAGCCAGACUCUUUGUAUUACAUAUGUGUAAAUCCAGCAUUCCGGUCCAGUCAGAUCAAAUUGCAUCAAUGUCUUCAUGUACGGACGGACAAAGUUAAGAUAGAAACAACAGUUCCAGUAAUAACGGUGUCUGAAAGAGCAAUUUCAGCAUCAACAGAAUGUGUGUUUGAAGUGGCUGCCCUCCUGUGUUCAUUCUUUGUUUAUAUUGUCUUGUUGUAACUACUUAACCCAUACCCUGCUAAAUUUCUAUAAUGAACUUGUCCAUCUUUCAGUUUGGACUGUACCAUUAUUAGCUCACCUGUCACAAAGUGACAAGGUGAGCUUUUGUGAUCGCGCAGUGUCCGUCGUCCGUCGUCCGUGCGUGCGUGCGUGCGUGCGUGCGUGCGUCCGUCCGUCCGUAAACUUUUUGCUUGUGACCACUCUAGAGGUCACAUUUUUCAUGGGAUCUUUAUGAAAAUUGGUCAGAAUGUUCAUCUUGAUGAUAUCUAGGUCAAGUUCGAAACUGGGUCACGUGCGGUCAAAAACUAGGUCAGUAGGUCUAAAAAUAGAAAAGCCUUGUGACCACUCUAGAGGUCACAUUUUUCAUGGGAUCUUCAUGAAAGUUGGUCAGAAUGUUCAUCUUGAUGAUAUCUAGGUCAAGUUCGAAACUAGGUCACGUGCGGUCAAAAACUAGGUCAGUAGGUCUAAAAAUAGAAAAACAUUGUGGCCACUCUAGAGGUCACAUUUUUCAUGGGAUCUUUAUGAAAUUUGGUCAGAAUGUUCAUCUUGAUGAUAUCUAGGUCAAGUUCGAAACUGGGUCACGUGCCUUCAAAAACUAGGUCAGUAGGUCUAAAAAUAGAAAAACCUUGUGACCUCUCUAGAGGCCAUAUAUUUCAAAAGAUCUUCAUGAAAAUUGGUCAGAACGUUCACCUUGAUGAUAUCUAGGUCAAGUUCGAAACUCGGUCACGUGCCAUCAAAAACUAGGUCAGUAGGUCAAAUAAUAGAAAAACCUUGUGACCUCUCUAAAGGCCAUAUUUUUCAUGGGAUCUGUAUGAAAAUUGGUCUGAAUGUUCAUCUUGAUGAUAUCUAGGUCAAGUUUGAAACUGGGUCACGUGACUUCAAAAACUAGGUCAGUAGGUCUAAAAAUAGAAAAACCUUGUGACCUCUCUAGAGGCCAUAUAUUUCAUGACAUCUUCAUGAAAAUUGGUCAGAACGUUCACCUUGACGAUAUCUAGGUCAAGUUCGAAAGUGGGUCACGUGCCAUCAAAAACUAGGUCAGUAGGUCAAAUAAUAGAAAAACCUUGUGACCACUCUAGAGGCCAUAUUUUUCAUGGGAUCUGUAUGAAAGUUAAUCUGAAUGUUCAUCUUGAUGAUAUCUAGAUCAAGUUCGAAAGUGGGUCACGUGCCAUCAAAAACUAGGUCAGUAGGUCAGAUAAUAGAAAAACCUUGUGACCUCUGUAAAGGCCAUAUUUUUCAUUGGAUCUGUAUGAAAAUUGGUCUGAAUGUUAAUCUUAAUAAUAUCUAGGUCAAGUUUGAAACAGGGUCAUGUGCGGUCAAAAACUAGGUCAGUAGGUCUAAAAAUAGAAAAACCUUGUGACCUCUCUAGAGGCCAUACUUAUGAAUGGAUCUCCAUAAAAAUUGGUCAGAAUAUUCACCUUGAUGUUAUCUAGUUCAAGUUUGAAACUGGGUCACGUGCCAUAAAAAACUAGGUCAGUAGGUCAAAUAAUAAAAAACCUUGUGACCUGUCUAGAGGUCAUACUUUUCAUGGGAUCUGUAUGAAAAUUGGUCUGAAUGUUCAUCUUGAUGAUAUCUAGCAAGUCAAGUUUGAAACUGAAUCAACUGGUUAAAAACUAGGUCAGUAGGUCUAAAAUUAUUAAAAUCUUUUGACCUCUCUAGAGGCCAUAUUUUUCAAUGGAUCUUCAUGAAAAUUGAUCUGAAUGUUCACCUUGAUGAUAUCUAGGUCAGUUUCGAAACUGGGUCAUGUGUGGUCAAAAACUAGGCCAGUAGGUAUAAAAAUAGAAAAACCUUGUGACCUGUCUAGAGGCCAUAUUUUUCAUGAGAUCUUCAUGAAAAUUAGUGAGAAUGUUUACCUUGAUGAUAUCUAGGUAAAGUUCAAAACAGGGUCACGUACCUUCGAAAACUAGGUCAAUAGGUGAAAUAAUAGAAAAACCUAGAGACCAUAUUUUUCAGUGGAUCUUCAUGAAAAUUGGUCAGAAUUUUUAUCUUGAUAAUAUCUAGGUCAAGUUCAAAACUGGGUCACAUGAGCUCAAAAACUAGGUCACUAUGUCAAAUAAUAGAAAAAACGAUGUCAUACUCAAAACUGGGUCAUGUGGGAAGAGGUGAGCGAUUCAGGACCAUCAUGGUCCUCUUGUCUGUUAAAAGGGGUACUUUCCAAAAAGAUACUGACUGAAUGGCAAACAGUACAGAUCAUGAUCAGACUGCAUGGACGUGCAGGCUGAUUAUGAUCUACACUGAGCACACAGGUAGAAUCAUAUCUAGCAUGAUAAGGGUUAAAAAUGAUUGGCAGUAAAGCUUUUUUUGUCUUUUUUUUUUUUUUUAAAUCUUUUAUUAAAGGUUCAGCUUUCUCAGAAUUGGACCAUUAUUUUGUAGUGAAAAUUUUAGUAAAAGAGUAUUUCUAUUUAUAUAUCAUAGGAAAAAACUUCUUACAGCACAUUGAUGAAAAUAAGUUAUAUAUAAAUUCAUAUACAACCAACCAUGAUAAAUAUGUCAUGGGUGACAUUUUAUUGUUGAAGUUUUAAAGGGGCCAGCCUCCAGAUAUUUAUAUCAAUAGUAUGAAAGUUGUUUGCAAAAUAUCAAAAAUCACAAAUCAGUAUAGUUUUUUAGGCUUUUAUUAUUAUUUUGAUGUAAUGUGUUAAGUAUAGUAACUGUUGAAUUCCUACUGAUUUAUCAUGUUUUUAUUGCAUGACUGACACAUUAGAGAGAUAUUUUGGAUAGUUUAAGACUUAACACACGAACGUCCAGUAUUGCUUUUUGUUUUUUAAAUUUUAUUCACAAUAAAUUAUCAAAGCAUUUUCUCUGUUUCAGAAAGUUAAACAUUUUGGAAUGAAGGUGUGUCCCCUUUAAAAAUCAAAACAUUUUGUGAUGAUGAUUUUCAGAGCUUUACUCUUGAUUUGUCGGUAUAAAACUAUAAAAGUGUUUUCAAUGAAUUUGUCUAAAAAAUUAAAUAAGUCAUACAAUUAUACAAGAGCACAUUUGAACCGCGCCAUGAAAAAACCAACAUAGUGGGUUUGCAACCAGCAUGGAUCCAGACCAGCCUGCGCAUGUGCGCAGUCUGGUCAGGAUCCAUGCUGUUCACUUUCAAAGCCUAUUGCACUUAGAGAAACCAUUACCGAACAGCAUGGAUCCUGACCAGACUGCGCGGAUGCACAGGCUGGUCUGGAUCCAUGCUGGUCGCAAAGCCACUAUAUUGGUUUUGUCAUGGCAUGGCUCAUUUGUUUUUUAUAAUACAUUUUAUCUUUUAAUAUUUUACUUUUGAAAUGUUUCUUACAAUUUGUUCAUGUUUGUGACUGAUUGAUUACAAAAGAUAUUGGGAAUAGUCAGUUUCAAAAUGAUCUUUCGGAUGUCUGCUCUGAAUGAUAUAUGACUGUAUAUUGGUCAUGAGCAUUGGCCUAAAUUUCAGUUUGAAAUAGACUAUAAUAAUACUUUUUGUAGACCUUUUCACAUACAUUACAUAAAAUAUUAAUUAUCUUCUGCAGACGUGAAAAAUAAUUAUUGCCUUUGCAUAAUAAUUAUCCAAAAUUGAUUUCGUUGUUGAAUAAAAUAAUUGUCUGGAGUUCAGAUGCAUAGAAAUUAUAUCACAGCUAUCCUGUCUGUGUGAUAUAAUAGGAUUAUCAUAAUAGUAGCUCUAUCUGGGAUGCUGUAUUUGGCUUGAGUGGAUUUUGCCAGAUUGAAUCUCACAAGGCACGCAAGCAAAAUCUCAGAUCUGGCUACUGUUGUAAUGACCCUUUUAAUAUAAACCUACAUCUUUUUGUUUCUUGUUUUGUUAUCAAUUUGAAUGAAAUCUUAUGUUUGUCGGAGUUAAAAUCGAAAUGAGUGGAGUUUUUUGUGCGCUAUUUGUGCCAGGUCAUGCAUAUUAAAUGGAAGUAGUCCGGCAACAUACAAUACAAAAGGUACAAUAUGGAAUUUUUUCUGCCUGUUAAUAUUUACUUGUGAAAUACAAGCAUUAUUCUUGACAGAAUUUAUAUAGGUACAUGUAUAUGGUAAAAUAUACUUGAAUUACAAGAAUGAUUUUAUUUAAAAUUAAAAUUAAUGUUAAGUUUGGUAUGUAUUAUUUUUAUUCCAAUACCAUAUCCAGCAAAAACUUAUCUGUUUUAUUUAUAGCAUUUGAUGCUAAGUCAUCGAAGCCAGCUUUUAUCUGAUAUUCUAAUAUGCUUGUUUCUGUUAAAACAAACUUGUGCUAAAAUGACAUCACGUUAACGUGCGAUGACGUCAGUGUUUUUGUUGCGAACAAGAAAGAGCGCUACUAUAUUUUAUACACAAUUUUAGAUUAAGGGCAUAUUAGAAACAAAUUAAUGUAUAGCAAAAUCGUGUUUUACCUAAAUUAAUACACUCAAAAUCGGUUAUACAUCGCCAGAAUAUUUCACUCCGGUCACACCCUUGUGAAAUUAUUCCACAGACGUAUAACCUCUUUCCGUGCAUUAAUAACGUUAAAAGUACUGUUUCUCUAUACAUCAUUUCUUUAAUAAUGUCAUACUGUUAGCAGUUCUUGUUUAGUAGGAAUUAGUUACAUGACCAGACUUGUGUUCCUCUAACAAACAAGACCAAAAGUAUAACAUUAUUUUGCACCAAAAUCAUUGUUUGUAAAUCACAGAGAAAACUUCAUAGUGGUGCGUUUAAAAUAAAUACAACAAAAAAACCGCAAAUAUUUGGUGGUUGUCGUCAAGGAUGUAGAAAGCACUCCAUCAUAUUUUCAAAAUCCCUAUAUAAUGUAUAUUGUUCAAUGGUUUAAACUGCAAAUAACUCGAACAUAUGAGCCGUGCCAUGAGAAAACCAACAUAGUGGGUUUGCGACCAGCAUGGAUCCAGACCAGCCUGUGCAUCCGCACAGUCUGGUCAGGAUCCAUGCUGUUCGCUUUCAAAGCCUAUUGCAAUUAGAGAAACUGUUAGCGAACAGCAUGGAUCCUGACCAGACUGCGCGGAUGCGCAGGCUGGUCUGGAUCCAGGCUGGUCGCAAAGCCACUAUGUUGAUUUUCCCAUGGCACGGAACAUAUCAUGACAGUCAUGUCAAGAUCAAGUGAACGGAGUUUGACUGUACACAUAAUUCCUUCGCAUGUGAACUCCAAACAUUGAUUUUAUUUACUGAUAAUAUCACUGUUUUGGUGAUAUUAUUUUUUAUAAAACAAUCCUGAAUAUUAUCCAGUUAAUAUGCAAUAUGUUUCUGAAAAUGUCAUAAUGAUAGUCAUGUUU